UCUGCGAAAUGUGAGAGAUGCUCGUUUCUCUUAUCCCCUCUUGUUCCAAGGUCGUGGACAUUUUUCUCGUAAUGUACCGGACAUUACAUUCGCCAAGAUUGCAAUGUAGCCAUCGAGCAAGGAAAUUCAGACCAAUCCCUUUUCAAGUGAUACGAAAACACACGAUGUCCCGAAAGUGAAAGUUUGUCGCAUCAACCGGACAUGAAAGACGUAGAGAUUUUAACCUAGAACCACAAAAAUACAAACUUCCAAUCAACUACAUUUAACUACUCCACCACAAUGUUCCACCUACUGUUAUCUGAAAACCUUACGUCACUAUCUAGAAGAGUAUUGAUUAGAAAUGAAUACAGGCAAAUCCAUCAUACCUGCAAAAUCUUGGUGAUUGGAGGUGGUACCGCUGGCUGUUCAAUGGCUGCAAAACUGUCCAGAAAACUUGACAAACCAAACCAAAUUAUUGUGCUGGAACCCAGUGAUGUUCAUUAUUAUCAACCCUUAUUUACUUUGGUCGGUGGUGGUAUUAGUUCUUUUAAGUCAUCAAGAAGGUAUAUGAAAGAUGUUUUGCCAAAGAAAGCGAAGUGGUUGAAAGCUUCUGUUGUCGAGUUUCAACCAGAUGCUAAUAAAAUAUUGACACAUCAUGGAGAUACUAUACAAUAUGAUAUUAUGAUUGUUGCUCUAGGCUUACAAUUAUAUUGGGAUAAAAUUCCAGGUUUAACUAAGGGUCUAUAUGAUCCUGAUGCACAGGUCUGUUCUAUUUAUGGAUCUGAUACUGUACCCCAAGUUUACCAGAAAAUGAAAAAAAUUAAAUCAGGAACUGCAAUAUUUACAUUUCCGAAUACGCCAGUCAAAUGUCCAGGCGCGCCGCAAAAAAUCGCUUACAUUGCUGAGGAUUAUUUUCGCAAGCACAAUUUGCGCAACAAUAUUGACGUUGUAUAUAAUACGGCAUUACCAGUUAUAUUUGGAGUAAAAAAAUAUGCCAAUUCCCUCUGGAAUGUUUGUAAAGAGAGAGAUAUUACUGUCAAUCUUCAAACAAAUCUGGUUAAAAUAGAUCUAAACAAAAAACAAGCUACAUUUGAGAAGUUAAACUCGUCAGGAGAAACAUCAGUGCAAGAUUACUCUUUUCUCCAUGUAACGCCUCCAAUGGGACCUCCUACAGUUUUGAAAGAACAUCCGAUAUUAACUAAUGAAGUUGGAUUUCUUUGUGUCGAUCCUAAAACUCUACGACACACAAGAUAUUCAAAUAUAUUUGGUAUAGGCGAUUGUACAAAUACUCCGAAUUCUAAAACGAUGGCUGCAAUAGCUGCACAAGGAAAAGUGUUGUAUCAGAAUAUCAAGGAUGACUUGGCUGGAAAACCAAUGACAAUGGUUUAUGAUGGUUAUGCAUCGUGUCCCUUAGUUACUGGUUAUGGCAAGUGCAUUCUAGCAGAGUUUGACUAUAAUUUGCAGCCUAAGGAGACUUUCCCAGUGAAUCAAGGCAAAGAACUCUAUUUUAUGUUUAUACUGAAGAAAUAUAUCUUUCCUUUUAUAUACUGGCACUUGAUGUUGAGGGGUUAUUGGAAUGGACCAGAGUUCUUCCGCAAGUUUACAAAGCUCUUAAAGACAGAUUAAUACUCGAAGUAAAAAGAAAAUGUGGGAAAAAUAAGCCUGGUGCCUUUUUUUAUAAUUGAAUAAAGUAA